AUGUGGGCACUCAAGAAGUUAAAUUUAGAUAGGGAUGUCACAUUAAGUCAAAUAUUUAAUGAGUCGAAUGAGCUCGAUGGGUUUCAGCUAAAAGCAUAUAAAAGUUCAGCCUUGUACAAGGAGACGAAGAAGAGGUACCAUGAUAAACCGAUUGAGAAGCAUGAAUUUGCUCCCAGUUAUUUGCUCAAGUUUAAGUUGACGGGGCCAUUCAAAGUGGUACAACUAUUUUCACACGGAGCGGUUGAACUUGAGAAUGAGGAAGGAACAAGAUUCAAGGUGAAUGGUCGAAGGAUCAAAGAGUACCUGAGUCAAAUGGAAGAGGAAAAAGAGGUUAUAGAAGAAUGGGAUCUUGAUGAAGUCUGA